ACAAAAAUGAACCUUGAUUAGAUUUUCGAUUAUAUUUUAAAAAAACCUUAAAAUUACCCAGGAAAACAUCUAGAAUCGUAGCCAAGAACAAAUCCAUCAUAUAAGCCAUUAGAACCCAAAGCAUAAUUCCAUAUAAUUUUUAAAGCAACAAGUGAAUACAUUUUAGAAAAAAUGAAAGAUGGAAAAGGUGUCAAUAUUCCUGAUUUCGGCGCUUUUACUUUCGAAGUAUUUUCAGAUUGGAUAAAACCUGCUUAACAUUCAAAUUUCGAUAUUACAAAAGAUUUGGAUGAAUAAAGAACAGACCGUAAACAUGUACACAAAAUCAGACCUUGCUUUAUACCAAAUUAAAAAUUUAAAUAUGCAUUAAAUAGAUAUCCAGGAAAAGAAGAAAUAUCGGCUCCUAAAAGUUAACAUUCUAUAUAUUAAAAAGGAUUCGGAAUGACUUUUUGCAAUGCAGGACCUAUUGCUGCAUCUUGCUUUUUAGGAAAGGAUGUAGUACAAAGUGCUCAUUAUGCUUUCAUUUCAGCUGUUUAAGAUUUAACAACAUUAGGAUAUUCGCUUGUAAUUGAUUUAUAAUUUGUAAAAAUAAUGGUUCAAUAAUAUAAUUUGAAAUAUUAAUACAGACAGGAUAUAAUUGAAUAAUUAAACAGAAAAUAAUAUGAAUUAAAAUUAAGAAAAUCUGACACUCCAUCAUCAGAACACUGGACAACAACUUAUUAAUAAAAAUGGGGUUAGAGCUCUUUGAAUACUCUUUUAAAAAGACCAAAUAGUAGACAAGUUAGAGAUUAUUAUGAAAAGACUUUAGCACUUAAAAUUAUGUCUUU